UAAGAGUUGGCAACAGUGGAUUUAGGCUACAUUUAUGUUUAAUCAGGACUGUAACCUACUUCGGAACAUACUGAUCAGUAAAAUAACUUUCCAGUUACUUACAUUAGCGGCACGCUGAAAUAGCCAAUUUUCACAGCAUGAACCAGAAACCUUCCCAGCAGGGUGUCAGUGAGGUCAAAAAAGAGGAGCAGGAAUACCUGAUAUCUGAGGGUGGGGGAUCUACGAGCGACACCCCCCACAAGGUGAAAUGGAGUGCCAGAUGCAGAGUUGCAGGGUGUGACUGAGGAGAAGCUGACUGGUUCUCUUCUGUUGAGAAACAUGGAUGGGAGUCAUAGUAGGAGAUGCAAGCUGAGUGUGAAACCUCCAAACCCAGGUAUAUCAGAGAGCUUGCAGUGUGGGCAGCAGACUGUGAACGUGACCGGCUGCAGACGUGGUCGUAAUCUGCGCAGCACACCGAAGAUACUCUACACUGAGGGAGAGGAGCCCAGAGAUGAUGAUUACCUGUAUUGUGAGGAUUGCCAGUCCUCCUUCACUGAGCAGUGUGAGGUCCAUGGACCUCCUGUCUUCAUCUCUGACUCUCCUGCAGUCAUGGGGAUCCCUGGCAGGGCCCUCCUUACCCUACCCCCUGGUUUAGAGGUUCAGACAUCCAGCAUCCCUGGAGCAGGCCAAGGGGUGUUCAGCCAGGGGCAGACUGUGCCCAGAGGAGUGCAUUACGGUCCCUAUGAAGGAGAAGUCAUGGACAAAGAGCAAGCCAUUGACAGCGGCUACUCCUGGGUGGUUUAUAAGGGCAAACAGUGUGAGACAUACAUUGACGCCAGGAGAGAAACACACUCCAACUGGAUGAGGUAUGUGAACUGUGCCCGUGAUGAGGAGGAGCAGAACCUGGUGGCCUUCCAGCACAAAGGGAACAUCUUAUAUCGCUGCUGCAAGCCCAUUGCCCCCGGGCAGGAGCUCCUGGUGUGGUAUGGGGAAGAUUAUGCCAAGGACCUGGGCAUGACCUUUGACUGCUUGUGGAGUAACAAGUGCUCUUCAGAAGCAAUGAGAGCGGUGGAAUCCUCUCAAGGAUUCCCAUGUGCUCAGUGUCCCUUCUCCUUCACAGCGGAGGUUUACCUGCAGAGACACAUCAAACGGUCUCACCCUAAAGAGUAUGUCAGACAGCUGACGGCUGGAUCUCUCAACACAAGCCAGCAUUUCACAACUUCUGCUGACACCAAUGUUGUUCAGCCCAGUACCAACACACUCGGUACCCUGGAAAUAGCCGGUUCAGACACUUCUACAGCACGACAGGAAUGCCAGACAGAAAAGACACUCAAUAUAAAGAGCAUUCGUAAAAUACACCAGCGGAUUCACUCAGGGGAGAGGCCCUACCAGUGCUCACAGUGUGGGUUGAGCUUCAGUCGAUUAGGAUCCCUAAAGAGACACCAACGGAUUCACACAGGGGAGAGGCCCUACCAGUGCUCUCCAUGUGGGAAGAGCUUCACUCAAUUAGGAUCCCUAAAGAUACACCAACGGAUUCACACAGGGGAGAGGCCCUACCAGUGCACUCAGUGUGGGAAAAGCUUCAGUCAGGUGGGGGCCCUAAAGAAACAUCUAAGGAUUCACACAGGAGAGAAGCCCUAUCAUUGCUCACAGUGUGGGAAUAGUUUCACUGAAUUACGAUCCCUAAAGAGACACCAAUGGAUUCACACAGGGGAGAGGCCCUAUCAGUGCCCCCAAUGUGGGAAGAGCUUUAGUCAUGCAGGACACCUAAAUACACACCAACGGAUACACACAGGGGAGAGGCCCUACCAGUGCUCCCAGUGUGGGAAGACUUUCAAUCAGUUAGGAUCCCUAAAGAUACACCAGCAGAUUCACACGGGGGAGGGGCCCUAUCAGUGUCCCCAAUGUGGGAAGAGCUUCAGUCAUUUAGGAUCCCUAAAGAUACACCAACGGAUUCACACAGGGGAGAGGCCCUACCAGUGCACUCAGUGUGGGAAGAGCUUUAGUCAUAUUGGAGACCUAAAGAUACACCAGCGGAUUCACACAGGGGAGAGGCCCUACCAGUGCUCUCCAUGUGGGAAGAGCUUCACUCAAUUAGGAUCCCUAAAGAUACACCAACGGAUUCACACAGGGGAGAGACCCUACCAGUGCUCACAGUGUAGGAAGAGCUUUAGUCAUGUAGGAGACCUAAAGACACAUCAGCGGAUUCACACAGGAGAAAGGCCUUACCAGUGCUCCCAAUGUGGGAAGAGCUUCAGUCAGUUAGGAAACCUAAAGAUACACCAGCGGAUUCACACAGGGGAAAAGCCCUACCAGUGCUCCCAGUGUGAGAAGAGCUUCAGUCAGUCAGGACACCUGAAAACACACCAGCGGAUUCACACAGGAGAGAGGCCCUACCAGUGCUUACAGUGUGGGAAGUGCUUCACUGAAUUAGGAUCCCUAAAGAUACACCAGUGGAUUCACACAGGGGAAAAGUCCUACCAGUGCUCCCAGUGUGGGAAGAGCUUCAGUAAUUUAGGAACCCUAAAGGGACACCAGCAGACUCACUGAGUUUAGUUCUUUAACACAGUCAAUCAAAUAAGUGUAUAUUCUUGAAUUCUUUAGAAAGUAUUUUUGCUUUUAAGUUGUGGGUGUGGAUUUUAGAUUUUGUUUGUCACGUAGAUUUAGAAAGAGAAUGUUUUAUAGUAUAGAAUAUUUUGACGGUAGUUUUUAGCUACACAACACUGAAUUAGAAACUCUUGCAAAAUUCCAUUGAAUACUAAUGAAACUGAAAUAAGUCAUUCAAUAAGCUUUUUAAUUGGAAUAUCGAUUGGAAGUGAUACCAGUUUAUGUUGGGGUCAACAGAUCCAGUCUGGGAAACCUUGAAAGCUGCAGUUGCUGUAAUAAGUGAUUUUCAUGAUGCUGGAAUUUUACAAGACUGAAGUGGCAAAUAAUACUUCAACUGCCUGCCAUGUUAGAAUUACAGCUAAACAUCAGCUCAUGUAAUGAACACCUAAAAAGCUGAGCUACAAAUAAACAUGUUUAACACCACUAACAAUAAAUGCUUACUGCAUGUUUCAUUUCGUGAACAGCAAGGAAGCGGCCAGGGCUCCAAGAACUUGCUAGAACUGCGUUUUAUCAUCAACGGAACAUAGCCAAGCUUCUUAAGAUGCUCUCACUUCAUGAUGCAGAAAAAUUAAUACAUGCCUUUGUAACUUCCAGACUGGAUUACUGCAAUACCCUCCUUUCUGGUUGCCUGUCUGGAUCCUUACAUAAACUUCAGCUGGUACAGAAUGCAGCAGCCAGAGUUCUCACAAACACUAAAAUAUUUGAUCACAUUACACCGGUCUUAUCCUUCCUUCACUGGCUUCCAGUUAAGUCUUGGAUUGACUAUAAAAUACUGCUAUUAACCUAUAAAGCACUGAAUGGCCUUGCACCAGAAUACAUGUAUGACCCACUGCCUUACUUCUGGUUGCCUGGCGAUUGGAUGGAGAGUCGGCAUCGGCUUGUCAUCACCUCCCUGCUCCCCGGUUGUGUCUCAAAUCUUAUGAUUUGGACAAUGUGACUUGGCACUUAGCCAUCUCUCCGACUUGACACUCCCUGCCGGCCCCUGGAGGAUGGGCUCCUCCUUUGAGUCUGGUGCCUCCCAAGGUUUCUUCCUUCUAGGGAGUUUUUCCUUGCCACUGUCGCCUAUGGCUUACUCACUGGGGGCUUUGGGUGGGGAUGCUGCAAAGCGCAUUGAGACAAUGUAAUGUUAUGUUAACGCACUAUGCAAGAAAUUUGUUUGUUGUUAGUGCAAAUCCCAGUGGAUUCUAGUGGACAACUUGCGCUAUCUAUAUAGGUUGUGUGUUUGGUACUGCAUGUCUGCCUUGUAUUUUAAAAAUUGGUUUUCAUCCACCUAACUCUGGAAAGCACAUUUGUUUAUGUACAUUAUAUUACUGAAGAAUUAUGUUUGAAUAUAUCAAUAUUAUGCUAAUAAACAAGCCCUGUUUUCCAUAA